AAGCCCUGCCCACGUCGCCGCCUCUGCAACCGCGUUCCCCUAGGGGGCCCGUCUGACCCUCGCCUUACGAGGUGGGAGCGCACCCGUAAAUCGGCCCCCAUUAAGGCUUCGAACUCGGGAACCCGGUCGGCCCCAAGGGGAGGUAUCGCUAAAGAGCGGCGUCACCCAAGGGUUGGAGGUAGAGAGCCCCUCUCACUUGCCAAGCGCCACCCGCACUUUUGGCAAGCCCCGCCGGCUCCCCACCCGGUGAGCCUGCUUGGUGGGAGGAGCAUUGGAGGGGGGACCUUCCCGUAAGGCUCUCCCCUUGCAGCGUUGCUCCCCCGGACCACCCCUCCAACGGGAAGAGAGUCGGGGCUGUGGGACAAACCACGGGUGGACCCGACUCCCCAGAGAGGCGGUCCAGGGGCGCAGCUGCAAUGGGGAGCUCACCCAGGGACACGUCCCCCACGAGCGCCUCCCGCAGACUAAAAAAAUUGCGGAACGGAACUUGUACUAGGCAACUUUGUCCCCCUAACCACAAACUGUGGUCACUUUUGCAAGGAAAAGUUUCAAUGACCUGACUUGAAACUGGUCAAAUCAGCCUAUGUUUUAGUUGUAGGGCAGUAUGAUCUUGCAUUUUGUGCAUUAAAACUUUCAAAAAGGUCAGUGGGGGUUUUCAAAAGGAGGGGUGGCUUAUGGCUGAUAUGCCAAUAUCUACAUGUCCACAUGUUCUAUGUUUACAAUUGUUACAAAUAAUUCAAUUAAUUAUAUCAACGUUGUUGGGGGUGGGAAAAUAUCGAUUCUUAUAGUUUUUUGGUCGCUGAUUUCGAAUCUGAAGUCAGUUUUUCGAUUGCGACAUCAUGGGAGGGUGGACAUGGCCAAGAAGUGUUCUUAAAAUUUCUCACAAAAUUAGGUACAUAUAAUAUUUCUUUUAUCAUGUUGUAUAAUCCAAUUUAAAACGUACUGGAUCAUUGUGACUGGCUAAUCGACGGGCGUAUACACUUGUAACAUAUUACAAGUGUAAUUCAUCUGAGAUUCCCCUGCAUGACUAAUUAUAAAGCUAGAUACAAACAAGGAGCACUGUCUGUUGUGCCACACACAGGCUUAACCCAACUUAGGUUUACCGAUAUAAAAUUAUCAAGAAGAAAUGUGAGAUCGUCAAAACUAAAAUUGCUUGCAACACAAUUUGUGUUACACAAAUACAAUUUGUAUUAUACAAAUGUAUUUAAGCUCAAUUGAGCGUUUGUUUAAACUGUGCGUACGGACUACGGAGGCAGUCACUUUUUGGGUUAUUUAAAAUAACUUAUUUUGUAUGAAAUUGAUUGAUUGAUGAGACCUUCAAAUAAUUUGUGUCGCUCCGGAGCCAAAAUAAAAGCAACGUGCACAGGUUUCCUCACGGCUUUGGUCUGAAAGUCCGCAUUACCAUACAUACACCAUGGAUCAAUAGGUACUAGUAAGAUUCUACAAAAUUGGAAUUUGGAGGAGUAUAUAAUCUACUAAUAUACCCAUUAGAUACUAAUGUGCGCUGUAUGAGAUAUUUAGCUCCUCAGAAUCAUUUGGUAACCAACAAGGUUGCUAGCAGGCUGCUCCCUGGUCUGGUGAUCCACAGACAGAUAAUAGGAUAAUGAUGAAUCAUCCCUGUGUUACCUGGUGUUGGGGGCUGCUGCUUUGUUUGGUGAUUGUUGCAUUCGUCAAUAAAUCGGAAUGUAAACCUGAUUUUGACUAUCAAUCCGGGGAUGACACCUUUCUUCGGGCGGAUGAAAACUCUUGGGAUGGAUUCGAUUGGACGAAACUGUUUCCAGAAGAGCAGCUUGAAGACGAGAAAGAAAUGAGGGAGGAUUCGCCAGUGAAAAACAUUGUCAAAGAGGAAGUCCAACGUUUCAACCAAGAGCUUAUUAACUUCUACAGGGAAGAAAGCCUGAGAGAAAAGCGAUCUUAUGGUCGAUUCACUUAUGACGUCAAGUUGGAUCCAUCUCACAAUUAUCUAGAAACAAAAGUUGCUUCAGAAUUCGUGUACCCAUUUGUCUGUCAUGGAUUCGGGUAUGUCCUCCAACCCGACGGCAUUUACAAACUUGUUGGAUUUACUCCGGAACAACAUUACUUUACUGAGAACGUGACAGCCCCGAGACUAACCAAGAUAAAUGACGAGUGGAAAACUGGUUCUGGGGAUCGAGUAUUGCAUGUUAAAGAAUUUGAACAAAAGUGCUUCGUCCUCAUUUCAAAUACCAAUGGCAGCUUUUCAACCAUUUACACUCUUUAUGGAGAGGAUUUGACGCCCAUGUUCCGUCAACAGAUUCGUAAUCAUGGGGUAGCUACGUCAGGGAAAUUCUUCACCGUCAAGAAAAACUUGUAUCUUGUCAUUACGAAUGAUAAUGCGGUUCACUCCUUAACAGUUUGUCCGAUAUUACGAUGGGCUGGAACGUAUAUGGAUGAAAUUCAUACUAUUCAGACUAGAGGUGCUGUUGCUGUUGAAACGUUUACCAUAAAUUCUAAGGAGUACAUUGCCAUUGCUCAGUCAGAAGAUUCGAGUGGGAACCUUGAGGUUGGAACUCAGAUCCUACGAAUGGACGAUAAAGAGGACUUGGAGAAAGUUCAACUUCUUUGGAGUAAUAAUCCUGUCUCGCUGCAAUACUACCAAGUUCUUGAGGAACAUUAUCUGUUGAUUGGGCAUGCGAGAGAACCAAGUGUUUCUUAUGUCUUUGGGGGGCUCGAUUUUAUCCCCGUGCAAACACUAGAUAACUAUUUUGGCCCAACUCUAUUCAUGGAUUCAUUCCUCCUUCCGUUGGAUAAAGGUCCUCUAUUGCUUGCGGCGAAAAGUUCCAGUCUCCAUUUCUACACGUGGUCCACUACAUCAGGAUCACUCGUUCUGAACAGUAAUAGCAGCUCUGUUCCUACUAAAUAUGUACGGAUCGUGUCAGCAAAAUUCAUACGACCAGCGUCUUCCCAAGUAUUUGUUACUCUCGUCCAAACCGAUAACAGUAGUCGAUCGGUGCUCAAAGUUUACGCUGUAACGUUGGAGAAAAAAGAAAUUGCCGUCAGUCAAGUUAAGGAGACAGAGAGUCAACUGGCUAAAUGUUUGGGUGAAGUUAGAAAGAGAUUGGAUGAAGACGAGAAAAUACUUCCAGUACUGGAAGAAGAAAAGAAAACGGUCUUGACCACUGAUGGAGAUAAUAUAUUUGCAGGAACGAUCUACGUCAUGGAUUCUAUAAAGUUUAAUGAAAGCGUAUCAAAUAUUGAAGAAAUCAAGAUUGUUCCUAAAGGUUUUUACCACCAAGACCAUCUGACCCCACCUUCUGUCGCACUUGCAAGUAUUUUGGAAGAAUCUCGAAAUCUAAUACGUGAUGUACUGAACGAACUUUCAAAUGUAUUGAUGUCUAAUAAGCCUGGAGUCAUCAGUGGCGAUUAUAAUUUCUUGAAUCACGUGGAGAUAAAAGAGAUAAGAGCACUCAAUACCAACUUAGAGUUGAAGGUAUUAAACAACGUUGAUUUAGAAGAUAUACUGGAAUAUGCUCUUAAAAAGAAUACUGACCAACCUCAAAGAAUCACUGGCGAAUGGGCAUUUAACAAACUGUCAGGACAAGAAGUGGUUCUUCCAUCCAAAAUCGCUGAUGUGGAAGUAGACAAUUUCCUGUUGAAAAUAUGUCCCUCUCGAAAUGUUGAAGAGGAAGCACAAGAAGUGAGCCAACUAACCGUGUUCAAACAAGACGUAUCAAUUCCGGAUGGAAUCAUCAUGCCGGCCGACGCCACUGUAAAUGGGAUCAUUAUCUCUGACCUGGUCUUAAAGAACAGCCCGAUUAAGGAAAUCAAAGGGUUCAAGCAUGCGGCAAACCUAAUUGGGGAAAAUGGAUUUACUUUCAGUUUUAUUAAUGAUAAAAACUUUCCCGAAUGGUACAAGUCUGUCUUGCACACGGAUGGUCCUCCCCAAACAUCAACUGGAAUGAAAACGUUUGCUGGUUCUAAGCCAAACAAGAUCAUAAACCUUGAACCCGAAUUUGUUAAUGGAAACAACUGGGAAGAUUUUUAUACCAAUGUGGUUAGAAACAGUGGAGACCAAGUUAUUGAAGGGGACCUCCAAUUCGACAAAGUUGACGUGGAAGCCUUAGGCGCCCAAUCCAUUGGAGAGGUUGCUUUCUCCGAUCUACUUUCCGUAAAUGGCACCAAACAGAUCUCCUCCAACAUAACGGCCGGAACCCUCAACGUCCAAAGGGGCUUCAAUCUGGAGACAGGAUUGAUCAACGGAAUUGCUCUGGUGGAGUCCGCCGUCCAUAAAAAUGAGAAUGCCACUAUUGCUGGACCUGUGGAGCUGGAGGGGUUUAAGAUUGUUGGGGAUAUAACGAUAGAAGAGUACGCAACCAUUGGAGAGAAGGACAUUUCCGAGCUCGCUAAACUGAAUAGAACGCAUACAUAUUUCACCCAGCGGAAUCAACCUGUUAUGUUCAAAUCGCCCUUAGUCGUUGACUGUCUUGAGACACAAACUCUGAACGGACAUACCAUGGACAGCCUUGAAAACAACCUUUGGUCCUCCAAGGGAAACAAUGUGAUCCAAGGGCCGCUAGACCUGACAGGUAGGAAGGUUCAGAUUCUGACUGAUUUUAGGACCGGAACUCUAAACAGACUCAACUUGGAGAGAGACCUCGUCCGAAUUGACAAAGGGGAACCAAUCACUGGUCGACUCUACUUUUCUGACAACAUCAUCGUUUUUGGCGAUGUGCUUCAUACAGACGGAAAAACUCUGAAUGACAAAGACUUAUCCUUGUUUGCUCAAAAUAUUGUCCGAGGAAGCGACGGAAGAUUAAUUACUGGAACGAAAACGUUCAAAUCUCAAGUCCAGAUGGAGGGUGGGGCUGAAAUUGAAAGUUUAAAUCGAGUCAGAAUUCCAGAAGAUUUGGUCUUUCUGAACUUUGAAGAUAAUCAGUUUGUAGGAGGAAGAAAAAUUUUCAAACACAAAGUGACCAUUGAUACGCUAAUAACCAGUGUGGACAUUGGUGUGGGAGGACUUACGAAUGGAGUGGAUCUUCUCGAGCUGGAUAAAACAACGGCAUACAAAGAUGGUCCAAUUGCCAUUCGUGGAAGAGUCGUCUUUAAUGCUUCAUUUUCUGCAUCAACACUUGAAGUACAAAAUAUUGACGAUGUCAAUGUCACCGAUCUGUUCCGUAAUAUUAUCUACUUGCAUGAAGUUCAAACUUUAAAGUUCCCGAUCAAAGUUGUUCGUGGAGAUGUUUCCGUCGGACAAGGACCGUCAUUUGUGAGAUCUAUUAAUGGAAUAGUUUUGGAUGAAUAUUUGCAUCGGGUUGUCGUCAGUCGUGACAUAGUUCCAGCUUACAGAAUAAAUGGCACUAAGACCUUUGUCAAUUUGCAUGUGGAAGGUGAUCUCGAGUGCGGCACAGUUAAUGGAAUUUCAUUGCCAAAUCUGAAGGAAUAUGCGUUUUAUCUUAAUCAACCACAAGAUGUGACUGGAAGAUUCACAUUUGACACAUUGACUGUUGACGAAAACCUCAAUGUGGGUACGAUCGAUGGAAUAAAAUCAAAGGAUCUCGUCUUUGUCAACGACCCUGAAGCAUGCGGUGUGGAUGAAGAUAUAACGUUUUUUGGGGAUGUUGUUGUAAAUGGUCCGCUGCAGAUUGAUGGUUUAGUAAAUGGUCACUCCACAGAAUAUAUAUUGGACGGGCACGAAGGCGGUUAUUAUGAUAGAGAAUUUUCUGAAAUCGAAGUCCUUGGAGAUCUCACCUGGCAAACUGAUCGUAACGACAUUCAAGGAAUUAGUCACUUCUUAGAAAAUGCCGUCACAUUGGACACGGAUCAAGAAAUCAGCGCGGAAGUCGUAUUUUUAGAAGGGUUUGAAGCCGAUGAACUCCAAGCGCGUCCUUGGAUUAAUGAUGUCGACUUGGAAAACAUACAACUUGAAGCUUUGGGCGAUCAGUCAUGGGAACUCGAAGGGAACAAUACGUUCAUACAAGGACUAGUUAUUAACGACCAAAGUCUAAUAGUGCAACAAAUAAACGUUCGCAAAAUUCAGAAACUUGCCUUGAAAACUGAGUUGAGCAAGAUUGUAUGGAAAGAUUCCUACGGUACCGUGCUCGGCAUUAAAUACUUUCCAAAUGAAAUGGACGUGGACGAUUUGACUGUUAGAGACCUCAACCACAAAGGUGACUACAACUGGCUCGUCACUGCCUCUGACGAUCGAACCAUUGAUCACAUGGAAUUCGUCGAUCUAGACAUCACAGGCGAUCUCAAGUACAACAAGUCUAAAGGAUUCGAUCUGGCUGACAUUCUAAGUAAUCGAGUAACUCGAGACGGGGAUGACGUACUUCGAGGAAACUACACCGUCCCAUCCCUCACAAUUCAGGACAGUUGUAACGUAGAAUUCAUUAAUGGGAUCAAAGUAUCAGAUAUUUUUUUCAACAAUGGGACCGGGAAGCAAGAGAUUUUGGGGAAAAAGACAUUUCAAAAUGGUGUCUCCGUCGAUGGCAACGUAUUCAGUACAGACAUUAACAACUACAAUUUCGCGACCCUGGGCGGAGAGGUUUCAAGUCAAACUUACCUGAAAAGUCAACGCGAAAUAGUGACUCGUCCCUUUAUUUUCACUAAACUUAUCACAAUAAGCGACUCUAUCGAAAUCGGGAAAGAUGUCAACAACCACAAACUGGACGAUUUGAAAAAUAAGAUAGCUCGUACCAUAACCGAAAUCGAGUCUCGCGCCGUAGACACGCCCGAGUCGAAACCUACCGCUGCUAAACUUGCACAAAUUUCAGAACUGAAAGGAAACCUACCCCUUCCCCCAGUUUGGUUGGAGUAUGUCAGGCUGAGACAGAGCUGGGAAGCGCUGGGACCCCAGAGCAGGGUGGAAUUUACGGAAAUGCCGAACGGGGGAAUUAUCUCACUUUAUAACACGGUUGAUGUCGACGUGGAUGGGUCCGGAAUGCCACAGGGGUGCCAAUGCAACUCUGUUAAAAUGGUUCAAAUCGAUGGUUCCACCAUUGUUGCGGACGAGUCAAACAUUUUCCAGUGUAUGAAUACUUUCAUUGUGGCAAGCCCGACGAGCAACUUGUACAGCAUUGUGGAUGGCUCUGUUUCAUACAACAAAUCCUGUACGUCCCAAAAAACCUCGAGACUUGUCGUAACGAAUGCUAUACAGACUGAUGAAGUUUUACUCAAUAUUUCGAGCAUUGGAUACUUGUCGGACGUUAAAUCUUUUUCUUCACAAGGCAGUGACUACUUAGUGUUAGCUUACUUUUAUGAUGCUAUAAACUAUACACACGACUCUGUCACCUUCGUCUAUCGCGUCAACCCCAAAAGUUUGACUCUUGUCCAAAGAAUUCCCUCCUACGGACCUUUACGAAUCGCAAUCUUCUCUGUUGCGGGCGACUGGGUUCUUGGAAUUGCCAAUAAUCGCGAUCCAAAGACUGACAGUUGUCUCACAAAUUCUGCUAUUUACCGGUGGUCCUCACACACUCUGAACUUCAUUCUGCUUCGUGAUGUCAAAACGAAUGGGGCCGUGGACGUUGCUUUCCUUGAAAUUGUUGAUAGUGGAGCAAACUAUAGAAAGGCAAGGAUUCUCAGUUUCGUUGCAUUUGCACAAAGUGGAAAUUCUGGGGAUGGAGAAGUGUUGAUACUGCAGUAUGAUGAAGACCAGAAAAAUUUUGUUACGGUUCAAACUAUCAGAACUGAGUGGAGUGUAACGGGAGUAGAUUAUGUCUGCGUUCAAGAAAACUGCUACUUUAUUACGGUGGUCCCACAGGAAGGAGUUUAUUUCCAUGAGUAUCGUUACGUUGAGGGUUUCCGUACAGCCUUAAUACUUCCCAUGCUUGGAGCGCGGGACAUCGUCGUGAUGGCGUGGGGAGAACACAAUGAGCGGAUUAUAUUCCCGAUUGCUUCAACUAAAAGUUCCAUCUUGACUGAAGGAGUCAUUGCUGGCAACCCCGUUCCAAAAUAUACUAUUGGAGAUGGUAACAACGUAUCUGGUUAUGCUGAUCCUUACGAUAAUGUUUUACUACCAUUAAAAAUACAUUCCUAAAAAUUUAUUUAUAUUCAAUUUGCGAACAUCCAAUAAAAGUAAUCGUUACAGAGUAAAAAUGAGUUUCAAAUAA